GCCUCCACCUCCUCUUCCUAAAGCGGGGAGGCGCAGACGAGCGGCAUCACUCGAGCCCAGGUCCCAGCCGCUGCCACACACAGAGCGCAGCGUUCAGGAAGAGGAGCAGCAGCGGAGGCGGCGGCGUCAGCGGCGGGCGGGCGCCUGAGAGGCCCCAAUCGAAAAGCCAGGGAGGGCCGCCGAGCUACCCCUGGAGGAGGAGCCAGUCUGAGCCCGAGGCGCCACCGCCGCAGAAGCGGUGCGGAGCAGCAGUCGCCUUCAUGGCCCACUCACCGGUGGCUGUCCAAGUGCCCGGGAUGCAGAAUAAUAUAGCAGAUCCAGAAGAACUGUUCACAAAAUUAGAACGGAUUGGGAAAGGCUCCUUUGGAGAAGUUUUCAAAGGAAUUGAUAACCGUACCCAGCAAGUGGUUGCUAUUAAAAUCAUAGACCUUGAAGAAGCCGAAGACGAAAUAGAAGACAUUCAGCAAGAAAUAACUGUUCUGAGUCAGUGUGACAGCUCAUAUGUAACAAAAUACUAUGGAUCAUAUUUAAAGGGUUCAAAAUUGUGGAUAAUAAUGGAAUACCUGGGUGGCGGUUCAGCGCUGGAUCUUCUGCGAGCUGGUCCCUUUGAUGAGUUCCAGAUCGCCACCAUGCUAAAGGAAAUUUUGAAAGGUCUGGACUAUCUGCAUUCAGAAAAGAAAAUUCACCGAGACAUAAAAGCUGCCAAUGUCUUGCUCUCAGAACAAGGAGAUGUUAAACUUGCUGACUUUGGUGUUGCUGGCCAGCUGACAGAUACACAAAUUAAAAGAAAUACCUUUGUGGGAACGCCAUUUUGGAUGGCUCCAGAAGUUAUUCAGCAGUCAGCUUAUGACUCAAAAGCUGACAUCUGGUCAUUGGGAAUUACUGCUAUUGAGCUAGCCAAAGGAGAGCCACCCAACUCUGAUAUGCAUCCAAUGAGAGUUCUGUUUCUUAUUCCAAAAAACAAUCCUCCAACUCUUGUUGGAGACUUUACUAAGUCUUUUAAAGAGUUUAUUGAUGCUUGCCUGAACAAAGACCCAUCAUUUCGUCCUACAGCUAAAGAACUUCUGAAACACAAAUUCAUUGUAAAAAAUUCAAAGAAGACUUCUUAUCUGACUGAACUGAUCGAUCGAUUUAAGAGAUGGAAAGCAGAAGGACACAGUGAUGAUGAAUCUGAUUCCGAGGGCUCUGAUUCGGAGUCCACCAGCAGAGAAAAUAAUACUCAUCCAGAAUGGAGCUUUACCACUGUGCGAAAGAAGCCAGAUCCAAAGAAACUACAGAAUGGGGCAGAGCAAGAUCUUGUGCAAACCCUGAGCUGUUUGUCUAUGAUAAUCACACCUGCGUUCGCUGAACUUAAACAGCAGGAUGAGAAUAACGCUAGCAGGAACCAGGCAAUUGAAGAACUUGAGAAAAGUAUUGCUGUAGCUGAAGCUGCCUGUCCUGGCAUCACAGAUAAAAUGGUGAAGAAAUUAAUUGAAAAAUUUCAAAAGUGUUCAGCAGAUGAAUCCUCCUAAGAAACUUCUUAUUGGCUUGUUUCAUAUGGACCCAUAGAAACCCACCAAACCUAUUCAAGCUUAACAAUGCUUAACUCACAAGCUCCAUGUGCCUUUUGGAUCUUUGCAGCAUUGAAGAUUUGGAAGAAGCUACUUAACUAUUUUGUGAUGCUGUUUAUCACUUUAUAUUUUAAAGAGAUUAUUUUGUAAUGAGUAACUUUUAAUAUUUUACUUUCACUUGUAUUCUAGUAAGUGUCGAGAUGCAGUUUUGCUUUUAGGUAUCCUUAUUUGUUAAGCUACUAGGAUGAAUACCUUUCAUGUUUUGAUCAUCACUUAACUGUACACUAACAAAACGUACAGAUCUUUCAAAGUCAUCCUAAACAUUCAACUUGGGUAAAUCAUCAAGCUUCAAAAAGCUGUUGGUAAUUUAUACAAGCUUAUUCUAAAAAGAAUGACUAUUGGUGAAGAGGUAGAAAUAAGUCGUACCUUCUUUAAACAAAUUCUUCAUAAGCUCUUGGAAAUGAAACCUAGAAAGGUACUGACUUUUCUAAGAAGUUGGUAUGAUAUUCCAGUCAGCUCAGUGAUGGUGACAUUUGAGAGCCCUGUGUUGGAAGCAUUUGCUGGCGACAUGUAGCAAAGGAGGUUCAUCUGGGUGUACAGUAUUUUACCUUCACUUUUAGAAAGAAGAAGCAAUUAACCCUUAUUUAAUAUGGUUGGAAAUUUAAAUCAAUAUCAUUAGGCAAGGAUGAGUUUUCUGUAGUACUGUAGGAAUUAGCCUGGCUUCAUUUUAUAAAUCUUCAGCUCAAAUUGCAUAUUGAAUGCUUGGAUCUGGAGAGCUUUUAAAAAAAGCUGAUUGUUGUGAUGAAAUACCUGAUCCACAGGUAUAAAUACUACUUACACCUGCAUAUUUUUGUUAUGAUAUUAAAUUGUCCUAUAAACUAUUUAUACAUAUUUGUCCUUCAUAAUUAUCCGUAUAUAAGCAUCACUUGUUCAUUUUUGAAAGGGUAUUUAAGUGGGCAUUUUCUAGAUAAUAUGAAAGUAAUCAUAGUACAGGAUGAUUUCUGUCCAUACAGAGGUGAGUUAGAUUGUACAGUUAAUUUCAGUUAUAUUUAUGGUACUGUUAAGUGGGUAAUACAUUUUCCUUUACAGCCCAGUAUAUAUAUUAUGCCUGCCUAAGUUCUAAACUGGGGCUGUGUUUCAGUAGUUGUAGAAUUAUUGAUAUUAAUUAGUUUUAGAGUUAAUGUUGUACUAUUUGGAUCUGCACAUUUUGGGUUUUGCACAAAAGCCUUUUUUUUAAAAAAAAAAUCUGAAUAAUUGCCAAAUAUUAGAGGAAAGCUAUUCUUCAAGUAAGAAUAGUUUGUAGUCAAAGUGGCCAGUACAUCCUAUUUUUUAAACUAUAACACAGACACUUGAGAAAGUUGUUGUGGUGUCAUAUGACAAGAAAAUUAUUUUCAUCGGUGCCUAUACUGUAACAAUUACUUUUAACACAUUGUAUUUUGAUGGUUGAGUUAAAAUUUUCAUCUGCUACAUAGUUAAAAUUCAGUUACAGAUUAUAUUCUGUAGAGGUUUGGAAAUAAUUUUGAAACUCAUAUCAUGGAUUAAAUAAAUAUUUUUGUAAAAGUAAAAGCAACCAAUUUAUAAAUUGAUUAUUUGAAACUUUACAACAGAGCUGCAUCACAGAUUCAUUUGUAUUGCUUAUUCAUUAUAGGUAUUAGUCCUGUAAACUGUUUCUAGGUGAAGCAUAUUCCAGUGUGUUGGGGGUUUUAAAAAUAAAUAUUUAAAUUUCA